CCGCCCGCCUGACCAUGUCUCUCGCCCGGGCCGCCGCCGCGCCCCUCCGCCGCGCUGCUCUUGCCCGCGCCGCCCCGGCCGCGCGUGCCUUCAGCACGGCCAGUGCCGACGGCGUCAAGGUCGCUGCUGCCGUGAGUAUGCCUGUGCGCCGGCAGGCCUGCUGCGGCCCGGAUGCGGGCGUGCUCGGCGCUGUGGUUGCCAGGAGGACGCGGCUAUUUGGAGCUUUCAGCCCGUGUCCGCGUCGCUCGAGCCUCGGAGCGCGGCUCGAGCACGCGCCUCGUCAGGAGACAGUACGGCAGCCGACAGAGGCUGACCGGCCGCGCGCUGCAGGACGAUGGCUCGCAGACGACGAGCAUCACCGUCGCCAUCAAUGCCGGCCCGCGCUACGAGACUUCGGCUGGUGUUGCGCACAUCCUCAAGAACUUCACGUUCAAGUCGACUGCCCAGCGCUCGGCCCUGCGCCUGAUCCGCGAGGCGGAGCUGUACGGCGGCCUGCUCUCGAGCAGCCUGAGCAAGGAGCACCUCUUCCUCACCGCAGAGUUCCUGCGCGGCGACGAGGACUUCUUCGUUCAGGUCCUUGGCGAGGUGCUCUCGUCGUCGAAGCUGCUUGAGCACGAGUUCCAGGAGGAGGUGCUGCCCUCGGUGGCCUCGGAGUUCAGCUCCGUGCAGGCCUCGCCCGCAGCGCUUGCCUUCGACGCCUUCACGCAGGCGGCCUACCGCCAGCGCGGCCUCGGCGCGUCGCUGUACGCCUCGCCCAUCACGCCCGUCUCGCACGACGCCGCCGUCUCCUUCGCUCGCGCUGCCUUCGCCAAGUCGAACCUGGCUGUGCUCGGCUCGGGCAUUGACGCUGGCGCUCUCGCCUCGCUUGUCUCGAAGCACUUCCAGGGUGUUGCGUCGUCGGGCAGCGUCGCUGCCGGUGCGUCGAAGUACUUUGGCGGUGACGCGCGCAUUGCCUACGCACCCGCGCACUCCGACAGCCCGCGCGCCAGCGAUGGCCACGUCGUGUUCGGCUUCGAGGGCGCUGCGCUCGGCUCGCCAGAGCUGGCCGUGCUGCGCGCCCACCUCGGCGGCGAGGCGGCCGUCAAGUGGUCGACCGGCCUCUCGCCGCUCGCUGCCGUGUCCGCAGGCCACCCGGGCGUGCAGGCCAACGCCUUCAACCUCGGCUUCUCGGACAGCGGCCUCUUCGGCGCCCACGUCUCGGCACCGCACGCCAAGAUUGGCGAGGUGGCCAAGGCCGCUGCCCAGGCCUUCAAGAAGGCUGCCGACAGCAUCUCGUCGGAGGACCUGAGCCGCGCCGUUGCCAAGGCAAAGUUCGAGGCCGCCGCCGCGCUCGAGAACCGCGCCACCACGCAGGCCGUUGCCGGCGCACAGCUCCUGAACGGCUCUGAGGUCCAGUCGCUCGAGGAGGCCUUCUCGAAGUUCGAGGGCGUCAAGGCAGAUGCUCUGUCUUCCGCCGCCGGCAAGCUGCUCAAGAGCAAGCCGACACUCGUCGUCGUCGGCGACGUGCAGAAGCUGCCGUACGCGGACGAGCUGUUCUGA